AUGGCUGUCCCGUUCAAUCACCGCCUGUCUUCAUGCGCCUUGGGCACGGCGUUGGCGUUAUUGGGGUUGUCAUCCUAUUCUGUCUUGGCCAGUCAACAAACAGGUGCCGGGAACUUCCUGAAGCAGUCUCCUCCCCUAGCUGUUCUUGAGGCCAUGAUACAGCCAGACCUCACUGACGUGGACAGCGAAAUUCUUCCUGAUUCUGUUGAAGUGCUGGGAGUUACGUCAGGUCGUGUCGGUUUGCAAUCACUUCGUCUGCGGGAAUCUGUCGGCGCUGAGGACGGAACGGAAGUUAGCCUUCCCGGAGACAGCGACGGGAUGCCAUCUAUCAAGAGUCUAGCUGUUGAUGAUUCUGAUUCCCAGCAAAUGAUCGAUGGUUACGGACCUUCCCCGAUCACCCCCCUGCAGCUGUUGAAAGGACGCGGGACAGCAUCCGGCGAGUUCAGUCUCGUGGGGGCAGAUGCGUCCAAAGCGGGUGACGAAACCUCAAAGGGAUUUGCGACAGAUGGCCAGGUACCCGUAGCUCCACCUCCCCACAGGCCUGUCGUGUAUGAUCCACGAGCCUUCAUGGUGGCCGACCGGAAUUAUAUCAAACAGAUAACUUCCCUCGAACGGCAAUCACGGGAGUAUAAUAAGCUCGUAAAGAAAGCCACUCGAGCUAGUUCUCCUAGUCACCCCCGGAAGAGGUAUGGUGUAGGCGUAUACAGUGACCCCUCAUCAGGAACACCAUGGUGGAUGCGAGCCGAACACAACGACACUUCUCAAGAACCCGCCAAGGACGUCGAAGAUGGAUCGGCGCCACACAACGCUUCCUCGCCCGGGGCUAAUAAUGACGAGAUGGAAGAGCGACGCCUGCAGCCGCGGUUUCGAAUUUUUAGCCAAUCUCUGGGAGCGCCUAAAAAGCCCCGAGGAGAUCGACACGAAUAUGGAGAGGCAGUCGUGUCGGCGGCCAAAGAAGAGCGAGAUAGGGAACCUUUUGGCUUCGCAUUCUUCCGCAGCAAACAGGAAAAGGAUGUUCGAAACAGAAACGGUGCUCGUGAAGGCCGGACAGAACCACGGGACAGUAGGCGGCCAAGGGAUGAUACUCGUAACACAAAGCACGAGCCUAUCCAAACGCCUAAGCGCUAUCAGGCACCUCGAGGUAGCGCUCCUCACACCAAGACAGCUGUUCAUUCAGAAGCUCUGGACGACGACGAUUUCCAGGACUAUGAGGAAUUUGAUGAUGACUUGGACGAGUAUGAAGAAAUAAAGCCUCAACGUCCGCAACCGCAAGCUGGCUCAGCACGGCGCCGGAACGCCCAAGCGUACGGAAUCUACAUACCCGAUGUCUAUGACCGUCCCCUCGUGGAGUCGGAAUCGACCGUUGGAGCAUGGGAAACGGCACAACCCGCCGUCAUUGAUCCAACCCCAUCAGCUGCUUUCCCCGCGUUUGGUGUUCCAAUAACGAAGGCAGAUAUCGACCUUUCACAGUUCUUCGCAGACGAUCACAGGCCGUCUGUGGAUAAUGCAAAAGGAAGUGAAAAAAAACAUUUAUUUAUCCGGCGGAAACAGCAAGGAGCAGCCGCUGAGGAAGCCGGGGCGGCGGGAUUGCCGGCAUUCCCUCAGUUGGAGAGGGAAGAACUGCCCUCCCAAGAGAUGAAAAGAGGGCCACUGCUCGGGCGCCUGAAAACGCAACAGGAAUCGCCUCAUGCGGAAGAAAAACAAAAACUAGACUUGACCGAUGUCUUGGGUUCACCCGGCUGGCGGGCGGCCGUCCACGCUAAGACUAAGGGCGAGUCUUCUCACCAGAAACAGAAAAGCGGCGACAAGAGACCACCGCUGAGAGACAAAAGAACGAAGACUCAAGAAGGCCAUGUCGAGUGA